AUGUCGUAUGUGUACAGAUUGUAAAGCCCUCUGAGGCAAAUUUGUAAUUUGUGAUAUUGGGCUAUACAAAAUAAACUGAAAUUGAAUUGUUGGGUGCUUGUUAUGGCGGGGUCCGUCGAGCGUCCUUUAGUCCUAUUUAAACUGUUUAUUCUUUAACCAAAAUCCCUAACCGGCCAUCAGUAAAGAUCCCUACCAGUGGACACUUAUUCUCUUUCCCUACUAAAACCCAGUGGAAAUAUGUGCUUUUACUUUCCCUUUGAUCAGAGAAAACUUUUGUAAAACUAUUUCUAAACUAGGGGCAGAGGCUUAUUUUGCUUUUGACAACUCAAUUUAGAUGAUCCAAUCACAGACAUUCUAAGACAAAAGGUCGUCAGCUCACCUUCAUGAGGCACCUCUCGUUGUCAACCGCCAAACAGCCGCCGACCCUCGAUUGAGGUCCGGGAAACGGACGUUACAGCUCUUUAUCUUUACCCAGGUCAUCUGAAUACCUUGGAUCCUUCAGUACAAGCUGCACCGUUGUCUUCCCCUGGGCCCCCUGCUGGAUGUGUUCCAGGAUGCACCCUCAGCAGAGGAAGCUCUACAGAUCCCGUCCUCUAAACGGGCAAAUGACACACAGCUAGGUGCACUCACACAGGACCAGGUAGUCUGUGCACAACCGCCUCCACUUUGCACCAGGUAGACCUGUAAAACCUCCAGUUCGGCUCAUUUGUGGAAUGAACGAACAGAUUGUAGAUGAUUCGGUGUCAUCAGUUGACUCUUUGUUUUCUUUUGUUAGGAAUAUGUUUUCUGGAUAGAAUUCAGACUAACUUUGAGUUGCUUACACUUAACUGAGGUAUCUUACGGUUGUCUGUCAUAGAGCUUUACAACAUGAGGUGUACAUCCUUUGGGUCUGUGUUGGUACGGGGAUUGGCCGAUCCCUUGCUGACUUAAUUCCAUGGACUGACUGAACUGGUUAUGCUCUUAUGGCUACACAACUGGAGUUUUGUAAAUUUUAUUUUUUAAAUGUAUCUAAUAUUUUUUUUAAUCUAAUGGCCUUUAUAACACAUUAGAGAGGUCAUGUACUCGUGGACGGAAUUCGAGCUAUCAAGAAAAUGCAGAAGAAAUGCAGUUAUGUGAGUACGCAAAUGUCAUUUUUGUAUACCGGAAGUAUUUACCGUCGACGUUGUCGACGUCAUCAGAGCGCGUCACUCAACAGCUGAUCCACUGGCAGCAUGAGGCGGUGGCUUCGGACCGGAGCGACCUUGUUGUUCGGAGUGGGAAUCGGAGCAUCAGUGAGCCGCCUGCCGAGCGUCACAGGCUGGGCAGAGGAGGAGGAGAGACCCGGUACUCUGCCGGGUCUGCUGAGCAGAGUCCCGGUGGUCCCGGUCCCGAGAGUCCAGGCCUCCGAGCUGACGGUGAGUCCAGGUGGGUCAGGAACGGUGAUGAAGUACGGCUUCCCCUCAUUGGCCAACAUCAAAACCAGAGAGUCCUACGUCACCUCGUACGACCCCCGCACACGCACUGCUUCCUGGGUAAUAGAGAGGCUAAACCCCGCCUCCCUGAAUGGCCCAUCAGACAGGAAGUACUGCAACUUCAAAGAGGACGACAGCGUGCAUGUGUUUCACAGGUCAACCAAUGCAGACUUCAGAGGGAGUGGCUUCGACAGAGGUCACCUGGCAGCUGCAGCCAAUCACAAGUGGAGUCAGAAAGCUAUGGAAGACACCUUCUACCUGAGCAACGUGGCACCGCAGAACCCCCACCUGAACCAGAACACCUGGAACAAUCUGGAGCAGCUGUGUCGCUCUCUCACCAAACAUUACCUCAACGUCUACGUCUGCACCGGCCCGCUCUACCUGCCCAGGCAGGAGGCUGAUGGUAAACUCUACGUUAGAUAUCAGGUUCUAGGACGGAACCACGUCGCCGUGCCAACACACUUCUUCAAGGUGCUGAUCCUGGAGCAGGUAGACGGCAGGGGGGUGGAGCUUCGGUCGUAUGUUUUACCCAACGAGCCAAUCGAUGAGAAGGUUCCUCUGGAUCGCUUCCUGGUUCCCAUAGAAACCAUCGAGAGAGCGUCAGGACUCCAUUUUGUCCCAAACAUCAUGAAGAGGACCAGCAGCCUGCAGGCCAUCACUGCCCGAUGAACUACCCACAAUGCACUCUUCAUAUGGACGAAUCAGGAAACUCAUCAUGUGAUCAUCUGAAUGUUUGUAGAGAAAUAUUUAAUGAUUAAAAAUGAUAAAUAAACAUGUUCAAUAUUUAAUAUCUAAA